AAAAAAAAAUUUACUGUUUCUUAUGUAGUUAAAUAGUAAUUUCUUGAAACUGGGUACUUUAUUAUUUUCUUAUUCAGGAUGGCAAGAGAGGUAAGAGACUGAGUUAUAAUUCUAGUUUUUCUAACUUCCAGCUCUUCUAUUUUGUUCAGAACACAGAGCUCUGUGUGAUGCAAACAGUAAACUUGCCAGCAGAAAUUCUGGUGUUACCAUUGAAUGCAAUAUACCUCAUCUCUAAAACAGGGAUUAUAACAUCUUCAAAGAGCUGGGAUAAGCUUUUACUCAGAUGAUACAGCGGAGGUGCUUGCACAGAGGCAAUGCAGCAAGUGUUGGAUAAUCUUACGGAGCUGCCCUCAUCUACUGGAGCAGAAGAAAUAGACCUAAUUUUCCUCAAGGGGAUUAUGGAGAAUCCUAUUGUAAAAUCACUUGCUAAGGCUCAUGAGAGGCUAGAAGAUUCAAAACUAGAAGCCGUUAGUGACAAUAACUUGGAAUUAGUUAAUGAAAUUCUUGAAGAUAUCACUCCUCUAAUAAAUGUGGAUGAAAAUGUGGCAGAACUGGUUGGUAUACUCAAAGAGCCUCACUUCCAGUCACUCUUGGAGGCCCAUGAUAUUGUGGCAUCAAAGUGUUAUGAAUCACCUCCAUCAAGCCCGGAAAUGAAUAAUUCUUCUGUCAAUAAUCAGUUAUUACCAGUAGAUGCCAUUCGUAUUCUUGGUAUUCACAAAAGAGCUGGAGAACCAUUGGGUGUCACAUUUAGGGUGGAAAAUAACGAUCUGGUAAUCGCCCGAAUCCUUCAUGGAGGUAUGAUAGAUCGCCAAGGUCUGCUUCAUGUGGGAGAUAUCAUUAAAGAGGUCAAUGGCCAUGAGGUUGGAAACAACCCAAAGGAAUUACAAGAACUACUGAAAAAUAUCAGUGGAAGCGUCACCCUAAAAAUUUUACCAAGCUAUAGAGAUACCAUUACUCCUCAACAGAGUUGCGUCAAUUUGGAGAGGCAUCCAGCACUCGUCCGUCAGGUAUUUGUGAAAUGCCAUUUUGAUUAUAAUCCAUACAACGAUAACCUGAUACCCUGCAAAGAAGCAGGAUUGAAGUUUUCAAAAGGAGAAAUUCUUCAGAUUGUAAACAGAGAAGAUCCAAACUGGUGGCAGGCUAGCCAUGUAAAAGAGGGAGGAAGCGCUGGUCUCAUUCCAAGCCAGUUCCUGGAAGAGAAGAGAAAGGCAUUUGUUAGAAGAGACUGGGACAAUUCAGGACCUUUUUGUGGAACCAUAAGUAGCAAAAAAAAGAAAAAGAUGAUGUAUCUCACAACCAGAAAUGCAGAAUUUGAUCGUCAUGAAAUUCAGAUAUAUGAGGAGGUAGCCAAAAUGCCUCCUUUCCAGAGAAAGACAUUAGUAUUGAUAGGAGCUCAAGGCGUGGGACGAAGAAGCUUGAAAAACCGGUUCAUCGUGCUGAAUCCGACUAGAUUUGGAACCACAGUGCCAUUUACUUCACGGAAACCAAGGGAAGAUGAAAAAGAUGGCCAAGCAUAUAAAUUUGUGUCACGGUCUGAGAUGGAAGCAGAUAUUAAAGCUGGAAAAUAUCUGGAACAUGGAGAAUAUGAAGGAAAUCUCUAUGGAACCAAGAUCGACUCUAUUCUUGAAGUUGUCCAAACUGGACGAACUUGCAUUUUAGAUGUCAACCCACAAGCUCUGAAGGUGCUCAGGACGUCCGAGUUCAUGCCCUACGUUGUGUUCAUUGCUGCCCCGGAACUGGAGACGUUACGUGCCAUGCACAAGGCCGUGGUGGAUGCUGGCAUCACUACCAAGCUUUUGACAGACUCUGACUUGAAGAAGACAGUGGAUGAAAGUGCACGGAUUCAGAGAGCGUACAACCAUUACUUUGAUCUGAUCAUCGUAAAUGACAAUCUAGACAAAGCCUUUGAGAAACUCCAAACUGCCAUAGAGAAGCUGAGAAUGGAGCCGCAGUGGGUCCCAAUCAGCUGGGUUUACUGAUGAUUCAAUAAGGUUCACAACUAAAAUAAAACUUCUAAAAAGUGACUGCAACAAGUAAACCUUCUCCUGAGAAAGUACAUGCACAGAUAGAAGACACUUGCCAAGUCCAGGCAUUUUUAUUGUGUAGAUUGAAAUACCAGUACACUAUUCUGAAUUUUUAUAUAAGAUGAGGUUGGGAAGGUGUACUAGUAUAUAAUUUAUCUUAAUUUUUCUAACUUUUUAUGGAUAAUCUUUCUAUUCAUAUCACAUAAAGAAAUGCGUUGAAGCAUUUUGUAUCUGUUUUGAUUUAGUACCCUUGCCUUUUUCAUCAAAGGAAUUUUUCAAAUCAUUCACUCUAACAUUAGUCUCAUAUUUUCACUGUGAUAAUGAAUACUUGAAAUAGUUUUGUAAGGCUGUCAUUUAGUUCAGUAUUUAGUGAAAGGUCAGCUACUCUUAUUAGGAGAAAAUAGUAGUUUAUUGGCCUUCUUUCCUAGUAAGUAUAAUUUCUUGCAGAAGCAGAAUUUUAAUGUCAGCGUCACAGCUCAUCUUCUACUCUACCGAUCUGACAUCUGAAGUCUGCUCAGUGCUACACAGUUUCAUCACUUCAGAGAUGUAUGGCUCUCCGUUCUAAUGUCCACACCUAUAUUCGUUUUUUGCCCUUCUCUCUCGCGUGAAAAAAACUGAAGAGCAAUACCUUGCACUCUCGUGUGUUGCAGUGACAGGCUGACGCCUCGUUAAUAUGUACACAGUAAAAGCAAGGCUGUGCAGGCUGAGAGAGUGCCUUACCCUGCAAAACCUUACAGCAAAACAACACUGAAAGUUGAUUUAUUUGUCCAUGUAAAUGUUUCGCUAACAAAAUGAACCUAUUGCUUUAUACAGUUUUUUAUUAGGAUACGGUCAGCAAAUGUUUCAUGCCUCUGAAAAUUUCUGUGAUGCUGAAAAAUGUCUCUUAAGUUUGUUACUGGGGUUUUUGUGUACAGUCGGUGGGCUUUUUGACGUGUGAUGUGAUCAUUAGGGUUUUGUUUAGUUUGCUGUGUUGAGAACCAAAUCCAUUGAAAAUUUUAUGAAAUUUGGAAAUAAUUGUCAGCUGUUUUAUCUCAAUGUAAUAUAUACAUUGUAUAAUAUGUACAGUGUGUAUAUUAUAUAAUAUACAUUGAUGUUUUAUGCAAUUUUUAUAGUUCUUUUAGGAAAAGCACAUUUUUAUUUGAUGACGAGGAAACAGUUCUCCUUCUUUAGAUGUGUUAACGUGUACAGAGUUCCAAGAUUCACUUCAGUUAAUUCACUUUAGGAUUCUUAGAUGGUAUAAAUUCUUUUAAAACCUAUUCAGAGAUGCAGCCCAUCAUUAAACUAAGUUAGCCAUAGUUUAUACUGCUCUUAGCUUUUCGCAUAAACAGUAUUCACACGUAAAGGGUUCGGUGCUUAAGUCUCAGUGGUCAUCUUUGUCUGUUAGUGAGCACCGUACACUACCUGGCUACCAAAUUUGAUUUCCCCUCAUCAAAGCUGCCGCAUGGAAAGGCAGCAGGGAGCACGUGGCGGGAAGAGAAAAUACAUGGCAAUAAGCAUCAUGCACACACUGUUCUUUUUCACAAUAAAACCAAACACCCAAUUUGCUGUAUGGUUAAGAUUGGAAAUCCAUGGGUUGAAAUUGGAGUUCCAGCAUUUUAUAUCCAGAACACAAAUUAAUGUUCUUUGUCCUAGGUUAGGAAGUUAGGGGCAAACUAGAGCAUACUCUUUUGAUCACUUUGGUAACUUUUUAAACCACAUACAGUUAGAUCAAAUUCUCGGCUUCUCAAAGCAACAUGAAUCUAAGUAUGGUGUCAAAAAUGAUGUCCCAUGACUAAGUGUCUCAACACACUGUAAAUUUUAGAGAAAUUUUAUUUCCACGUUCUCAGGAAAUGUGCCGUCUUCUGCAGUGUGCCUUCAUGCUGCUGGGUGGAGCCUCUUUGGAAUCAUUGUAGCAGCUCAAAAAGCUUAUCCACAAAAUAUUUCACCCAUCUUGACACAAUAGAGAUGAGUUUUACAUCAUAUAUAUUUUUAAGCCUUAUCAUAAAAUGUGUAUAAAAAUGCCCAUUAUUUAGAAAAUAGUCUACACUCUAAAGGAAUUAUUUCUAUUAUAAAUGGCAUUCAUGACUGACUACUUAGUUAAUACACAGUAGAUUCCUCCUAAUGUAAAAUGGAACAAUACAGCUUAUUUCGUUUCGAUCUAGACACCAGAGCUAAAGAGGUUAGAUUUAGAAAAAGUUCAUUUAUUUCAAUAAAGAGCCACUAAACUAAACCCAAGUCCCAUCUGAGUCUGUGGGAACCAGCAGCACCUUGCUGGGGCAGCAAGUCCCAGAGGCCCUGGAAUUCUCCCACGGCAGUGAGGGUACAGUUGUGAUCAAGGGAACAUAACCUUCUCUUAUGAGAGAAGUCUAAGGUAAUUAGCUGUACUGAAGAGGAAAUGUUUAAAGUGGUGUUGAACAGUUAGUAGUAGUUAAAUGCACACGCACGUGCAAAUGCCUUUGGGAAACAUGAUGCACCUGAGGAUUCCUUGUGGACAGGUGAGUAUCCACAUUCAGUAUUCAGGGCAUGACUAUUUGUAUACAGCUAAAUAUAUAUAUAUAUAUAUAAAUAUUUUAUUUUUAAAUGUACAAAUACCCAAUACCCAUAGAGUUGACUCCCUGGAUAAGUCAUUUAACUGUAACUAGUGGAAUAUACGUGAUGCACUCGAGUAGAAAUUUUACUUGUAUUACAGCCACACCAUGAUUAUGCAGUCUCAGUUUCUGUUUGAUAUUUGGAUAGUAUCAGAUAUCCAAUAUAUCAGGACUUUACUUUUGCCAACUCUAAUGAUGCAAUCGCUGAACAUAGCUUUCUCAAGUAGAAAUCUUAUCAUAAACCCAGUACAGCAAUAGUAGCCUCAAGCCUAGAUUCUAGAGUCUAGUAAAUUUAUAAUAGCUUGUAAGGACAAGAUUUCUUUAAAAGAGCAAAUUGGAUAGUAACACAAAUUUAGAAAAUAAUGCAAAUUAGCAAUAAAGUAUGUUAGUGUAGUGUUAUAGACUAUGGCCAGAUACUAACAACUUUGACCAUAAUAUCCCAAUGAUAAUAAAAGGUGAUCUUUGCUUAAAGAUUCAUUGAAAUUUGUACUUAUUUUUAUGAAUAACAGUAAGUGUCAUGAUGCGGUAAUGGGGGUUGAUUUUUUAAGAUGGAUAGCCAUGGAGUUAGGCGUAAUUAUUUUAAGUUGGCAAACACUGAACAUAAAAGUUUUGAAAAUUGGUCAAAAUAGUGAUCUAUCUAACAUUGUACUUUGAUGACUUAUGAAACAAUAUUCCAUUUUCCAGAAAUCACAAUCAAUAGCCAAUAAUUUUGUAGUAAUGAAUCUUUGUACUAAAUAAGGAAAAAGAAAUACUGAAGUUUUGUGUAUAUAGAUAACAGGUCAUUUUUUAAAUGUUUGAGAAGUUCCCAUUGUGGCUCAGUGGGUUCAGAACCCAACAUAGCGUCUGUGAGAAUGCGAGUUCGAUCCCUGGCCUCACUCAGUCAGUGGGUUAAGGAUCCAGCAUUGCUGAAAGCUGAGGUAGGAUGCACAUAUGGCUCAGAUCCCACAUUGCUGUGGCUAUGGUAUAGGCUGGCAGCUGUAGCCCUGAUUCACGUCCUAGCCUGGGAACUUCCCUAUGCCACAAGUGUGGCCCUUAAAAAGAAAAAUGUUUGAGUCACUACAUAUGUAAUAUAUAUGAACAGCUUUGUGUACAAUAUGUAAAUUCUCCCAAGACACAUGAAUAAUAAAAUUAUGUUUACCCAUGUACUUAUAA